AUGGCGUGGAUUGCUUCUUUGAAGAUUGUGCUAAUUUCGAGCGGCGUGGUGGCUUUGGCGUGGGCUAUGAAGCUCUCCGUUCCACUGGUGAUGGAAUUCGUAGCCUCUCACUUGCCGCUCGUGUGCGCCUCCUUCCGAUCCUUGCUCAGGCCUCCAUAUAUCUACGUUCUCAUCAACGGCAUCAUCAUCACCAUCGUCGCUUCCUCGAGGUUCCACCACGACCGCUCGCCUCAGCCUAAGCCUCAACCGGAAGAGUCUGAAUCGACCGUCUUGGAGUUGGAGACGCCGCCGGUUUACGAGCAGCGGAGAUAUCUAGGGCCUCUAGUUCAUGAGGAGGUGCACGAGGAGAGGCCUGCGGUGAUCAAUGACUCUGUAGAAGCAGAGCCUGAGCCGGAGGUUGAAGAUGUUCGUGUAGACGAAGACGAGGUUGUGAUCUCGAGCUCCACGUGGACGCCGCCGAAGAGUGUGAUGAAAUCCAACGAGAUUGUUUCGCCGGAGGUUGAAGAUGUUCGUGUAGACGAAGACGAGGUUGUGAUCUCGAGCUCCACGUGGACGCCGCCGAAGAGUGUGAUGAAAUCCGACCAGAUUGCUUCGCCGGUGGAGAAACCUCUGGUUUCUGUGAGAUUCAGCCACCGGAAACCGGCUAGAUCCAGUCCUGAAGGUGGGAAGCCGUUGAGAGUAGCGAAGCCAAAACGGCACGACACAUUGGAGAACACGUGGAAAGCGAUAACGGAAGGGCGUUCGAUGCCGUUGAGCAGGCACAUGAAGAAGAGCGAGACGUGGGAGAAUCAUGGCCGUCAAGUUCAACUCAAGGUUGACUCAGCAAUGGACACGUCAGCGGUGCUGAACUCAGAGACGUUCAAGGACUGGACGAAUCAGCAGCAAGUGACAGCAUCGGCUGGGGGCGUAGGGAAGCUGAGGAAAGAGCCGUCGCUGAGCCAGGACGAGUUGAACCGCCGAGUUGAAGCGUUCAUAAACAAGUUCAAUGAGGAAAUGAGGUUGCAGAGACAAGAGUCGUUGAAUCAAUACAUGGAGACGGUCAAGCGUGGAAGCCAUUAA